UGUCUUCUCUAUGUUAGCUUUGCUGCUACACAACACAGCAGAGCAAACAGGAGUCUAGGGCGAGAGACUCUCUCUUCUUCGUAGGGAGAAAGAGUGCGAUAUUCUAGUGAUUGGAGCUACGAAAAUGCCGUUUAUAUCGAAAAUACAGAGGCAGUCAGAUUACAGCAGUUUUUCUUCUACCCAUCCAAUCGUUAUCGACAAUGGCGGCUCCUAUUUUCGCAUUGGAUGGGCAGGAGAGAACGAUCCUCGAGUUAUUUUCCGAAACAUUAUUCAGAGACCCCGUCAUAAGAUUACUGGUGAAACAAUAACCGUUGUAGGGGACCAUAAUCCUGCAUUGCUGAAAUACUUCGACUGCACUAGGUCAGGACCUCGCUCAGCUUUCGACAGCAACGUUGUUUAUCAAUUUGAAAUAAUGGAAUAUAUUCUUGACUUUGGCUUUGAUCGACUGGGUGCAGAUCAAUCACAGAUCAACCAUCCUGUCUUGAUUACGGAAUGUGCUUGUAACCCAGUCCAGUCCCGCAGUAAAAUGGCAGAACUUCUUUUUGAGUCUUAUGGAGUUCCAUCAGUAGCAUUUGGUGUUGAUGCGGCAUUUAGCUACAAGUACAAUCAGCAACUAGGGAUUUGUAGUAAUGAUGGUCUGGCAAUAUGCUCUGGAUUUAAUACAAGUCAUGUUAUUCCGUUUUUGAAUGGAGAACCAGUGUAUGAUGCAUGCUGCCGGACUAAUGUUGGUGGAUAUCACGUCACUGAUUAUCUAAAGCAGCUUCUUUCACUUAAAUACCCUCAUCAUAUGUCUAAGCUUACUUGGGAGAAAGUUGAAGACCUGAAGAUGGAACACUGUUACAUAGCACCCGAUUAUGCAGCUGAAGUUCGACUGUUUCAGAAAGGGGACAAGAAAGCCGAAGAAAAGACGAGGUGUUGGCAGCUUCCUUGGACUCCCUCACCAAUGGAGGAGGUCCCAUCAGAGGAAGAAAUUGCUAGAAAGGCAGCUUUAAAAGAGAAGCAAGGGCAAAGAUUAAGGGAGAUGGCUGAAGCUAAGAGGUCUAACAGAAUAAAUGAUCUUGAAAAUGAAAUAAGAGACUUGGAAAUGCUGUUACAGAGGCUCAGACACGCGACAGAAAAUGAUAUUCCCUUGAUCCUUGCAAAGACUGUAUAUAUCUCAAAGCAUGAUGUAGAAUCUGCCCUUGCAAAGGCAACACAAUCUUUACGUAAAGCGAAGGGGGAACCUGUUGAAAGUGUUGAGAAGAUGGAUCCUUCAUCUACUGAAAAAUACAAUUUGAUUAAUGUGCCUGAUGAGAUGCUCACACCAGAACAGCUUAAGCAAAAGAGGAAACAGUUAUUUAUCAAAUCCACGUCUGAGGCUCGGCAGCUAAAAAAACAGAAACAGAUCGAAGAGGAAUUAGAAAGAGAAAGACAAAGGAAGCUGGAGGAAGAAAGACGCUUAGAGAAUCCGGAGCGAUAUUUGGAGGAGUUGCGUGCAAAGCACAGAGAUCUCUCUGAGAAAGUAGAGCAGCGAAAGAAAUUAAAGACGAAUGGUGGGCAGACUAAUGGAAAUCACAAUGCAUCUGGAGGUGUUGGUCGUGGGGAGAGGUUGAAUCCCUCCCAGAGAGAGAGGAUGCGUCUCUUGACUACAGCGGCCUUUGACCGGGGAAAGGGAGAGGACACUUUUGGUGCAAAGGAUGAAGAUUGGCAGCUCUACAAGCUCAUGAGUAAGGAUAAUGAUGAUGAUGAUGAUGAUAAGCCAGAUCCAGAUGAAGCAGAGUUAGCUCGCAUCUCCUCUAGACUCCAGGAAAUCGACCCAACCUUUAUUUUCAAAUCAGAGUCAGGGUCCUCUUCAGCAGAACCCCCUCGUUUUCGUCCUCUGACCAAGGAAGAUUUCCAGAUUAUACUUGGUGUAGAAAGAUUCCGCUGUCCUGAAAUUUUGUUCAAUCCCAAUUUGAUCGGCAUUGACCAGGCAGGGUUGGAUGAGAUGGCUGGCAUCUCGAUAAGGAGGUUGCCGUUGAAAGGCCAAGGCCUGGAAGAAAAAAUAACCAGUUCAAUCCUACUGAUUGGUGGAAGCUGCCUCUUCCCAGGCAUGAGUGAGCGCUUAGAAGCUGGGAUUCGAAUGAUUCGUCCAUGUGGAACGCCUAUAAAAAUUUACAAAGCCUCAGACCCGAUUCUUGAUGCUUGGCGUGGAGCUUCCACCUAUGCUGCUGCCAUGCAAUUUCCCCAGCAAACCUUCAGUAGGAUGGACUAUUAUGAAAAAGGUGAAGAUUGGCUUCAGAGUUAUCAACUGAGGUACACAAUUUGAUCUUCGGCCUUGGCUGCAACGGAAUAUGUUUUGCUAACAUCUUGUGGCAUUAAAAAUUAAAUUGCAUGCAUAUAUUAUAUUAGGGCUUCUAUUGAUGAAACUUUAGAUACUAUUGCAGCUGGCUUUGCACAUAUAGUGAAUCCUUGUGUGGCAUUUUCACUGCUGGCUUUGCACAUAUAUUGAAUCCCUUCUGUGGCAUUGGCAAUUUUAUUGUUA